CGGAUCGCACAAGGGGAAUGCAACGAGGGAACAGUUCAGUGUUAACCGACGGAGGAGUGUCGUUUCAUCGUCGUUUUGUCGGAUCUUUCCGUCAGGUGUAUUGUUUCCUUUUUUUUUUUCGCUGACAGAACACAAUUGAAAUGUACAAUAGAUAAAUAUGCAAUUAGGAAGGUAAUUAAAUAGACUAUAAUGUUAUCAAGAACAUCGAAACGGUUUGUCAUUAAAACUGAAAACUGAUCGGUCUAUUUUGCGCACGACAUGUGGCCAACGUUUCAAAACGGUUCGAGACUUCUCGCUAAAAAUACAUUUGCCAAACGAUCAAAGUGCUGCAGAUUAGUGAAAGAAAGAAUCAGUGAUGUUUUAUAAUACAGAUCAUCCUCGUGCCAGUGGCAAUAUGCUUCCGUCACCCGGUCUUUCGAACGUAAUCGUAAUACAAUGAAAAUUCAUGAAAAUCGAUUCCAGGGAGCGAUCUCUUGGUUAUUCAUAUGUUCUAAAAUUCUCAUGAUUGUCUGUCAAUUUGUUAUCCGCAUCGGAAAGGAAAACAAACACGAUUCGACGAAACAUCAUUUAACAGCAAUGGAAUCCGUUGCAGUUGUUAAAUGGAUUUGCUCUUUAUUAAUAUAUUGAAGGCGUAAAUUUGUAUCGAAAUAUGGACAAGACAGUUGUUAAAAAUCAUGAAGCAACAACAUUUGAUAUAUCAUACAUUCUAUGGUUUGGUAUACAAGUGUAUCGCGAAUAGAAUAAUCACCGAUCGUGAAAAAUCACUAAUUUCGAAUUUUAAUGGAAAUUUACCGUCAUCAUAUCACCGAAACGUUACAGUGUCAUAGCUACCGUGGUAUUAUUCCUUAUAUUGUAAAAAAAAAAAAAAAAAAAAACGCGCGAACACUUAAAAUGUGCGACAAACUAUUUUCUAUACAAAUUACGUAAAGAAAGAGAACCAUUACAACUCAUGAAAGGAGUAUGAACACCGUUUAUCAGGUUCAGGUAUAAUGAAGUCAUCUAUGAAAAUGGGGGUGAUAGCCUUAAUAGGUCUGUUCGUGGUGUUUUACCAAUACCAUUUGUCAACGAGCGUACGAUUCGAUCAGAUCGCAGAUUUCAACACGGGUGGAUCAGCGGAAGACGGCCCUGUUUUAUCACAGGAAGAAGUAGAACGCUACGUAAGGACGUCUAAAUUCAAGGAAGAAAUGAUCAAAAGCGCUGUGCAUAAAGUUCAAGAGAUGAACGGGCUCAGCCCAGACAUAACCUCGAUGUUGGUACAACAGUUGACGAAUUAUUUGCACAAGGAUAUUCUCGAGUUAACCGAGAAUAAUUCGAAGAAUGAGCAAAACGUAUCGUUGAACGAGGAGAGGCGAAGAGAAUCGUCGACGAAUUCGGAUAAUAUCCCGGAACCGUUGUAUAUAAUCACGCCGACGUAUCGUCGGCCAGAACAAAUACCGGAACUCACCAGGAUGUCGCAUACUUUAAUGUUGGUAAAGAAUGUUCACUGGCUCGUUAUCGAGGACGCGAGAGUCGCCACUAAACAAGUCACGAGGUUGCUGAAACGAACAGGAUUGAAGUUCGAGCAUCUGACUGCUCCGAUGCCUGAAAAGUACAAGCAGAAAAAGGGUGCCAAACCACGAGGCGUGUCUAAUCGGAAUCGUGGCUUACAAUGGAUCAGAGCAAAUGCAACUAAUGGCGUCUUCUAUUUCGCCGAUGAUGACAAUACCUAUGAUAUAGCACUCUUCGACGAAAUACGUAAAACGAAACGAGUGUCCAUGUUUCCUGUCGGUUUAUGCACCAAAUUUGGCUUAAGCUCGCCAAUUAUUAAAAACGAAAAAUUCGUGGGAUUUUACGAUGGAUGGAUCGCCGGUCGGAAAUUCCCAGUCGAUAUGGCAGGUUUCGCUGUGAACGUGAAGUUCCUGCUUCAAAGGCCAAAUGCCUCGAUGCCGUUCAAAGCUGGAUACGAGGAAGAUGGAUUUUUAAAAAGUUUGGCACCGUUCGAACCGAAAGAGAUUGAAUUCUUGGCCGAUAAUUGCACCAAGGUACUCGCUUGGCAUACGCAGACAAAAAAGAACGAACCAAGUGCGCCCCUUGAUACGAAACUGUACGGUGAAACGAACCUAGUUAAAUUAAAACAACAAAUAGUAUGAUGUUAAGUCGAUAACGACUGCAUUUUCGAGUUCGAUCUAAUUUUAAUGAUUAAUAAGUACGAAACAAAGUGAUUCAGUGCCUGAAGUAUUGUAAAGUACGAUUGGCGUAGUAAUGAUUUUUUUUUUUUCUAAUUUUUUUACUGUUUAAGAUCUCCAUAGGAAAUGUUGUAGAUAAAUGAUCUUCAUAAUGUUGUUGUUUUUUUUUUUUAAGCUUGUUAUUAAUCUUGAGCAAUUGAAUCUGGGGGAAAAAAAUAUGAAUUUCUUUUAUUAGCUUAAAAUUUUUUAAAUAAAUUAAGAAAAAAAGAAUUGAAAUUGAUCUAAUCUUGUUAUGGAAGUAUGUUUCUGUAUAAUAUAGUGAUAUUUUACAUAUAAUAUAUUUAAUUAAUAUUAAAACUUUAGUUGUUACAGUAAUUACUUAAUAAAAUGAAGACCAAUUAGCGCGGGAAAAGUGAUUCAAUUGAAAGUUAUUCGAUGCGAUAAUAUUAUGAUAAGAAAAAAAAAAUUUAUAUCAGAGAAAAAAUUUUAUUGCUCAGUAUAACUUCUUGCAUCAUUCUUGCAACUUCUUCCAUUUUAUUUUAUAAAGUUAGUCGUUUUCCAUUUAUUGUAGCUUCGCAACUACGCAUUUAUUUUGUAUCUGAUUAAUGAAUCAACUGCUUCUUUAAAAAUCACACAUCGAAUAUUCAUUAAGUUUUUAAUGUAACAAAGUGAAUACAAAUUACCUUUUGUACUUAUUCUUACAUAAGUAUCGUUUUAAAUUAUAUUUUUGUCAAAUAUUUACGAAUUUACCAUGCGAAAUAGCGAGUAGGAAAUUAUUUUAUUUACUCUGUUUUUAUAAUUAGAUCCGUUUUUAUUGUUUCUUUAAUAUUAUUAUUUCAUGUUACUUCUUGUUAUUUUUAAGAAAGAAAAUUGAAAAUUAUCUGUGCAUAGUAUAUAAUAUUAAGUGAACAAAAAAAAAAAAAAAAAAGAAGAAGAAGACGAUGACAAAAUAUUAUGUGCACUGGUUUUUAAUAGUAAAGUAAAUAAUAUCAUAAAAUUAAGAUUAUCGCAAUUUGCAAUAAAAAAAAA